AUGUAAUAAUAAUCACCUCCAAAAAUAAUUUUAAUAGCCAUCAGCACGGAAAUGCUUGGGCGUUAUGCUUCUUACAAAAUUCAAGUCGAUCAAAAUAUAGUUUGUAGAAGGUUCACUGAUUUUGUUCACUUUUAUGAGGCAUUACGUGCUAAUUACCCUGGAGUAUUUGUGCCAAGACUCCCUGAAAAACAAGCUAUGGUAACAGUGUAUUUAGGAUCAUAGGGUAAUCUUGGAGAAGAUUUCCUUAGAGUCAGAAGAAGAAUGCUUCAAUAUUUUCUGAUUUCAAUAUUCAAAAGGAAGAUCUUAUGGAAUUCGCCAGAAACAAAAUAAUUUUUCAAUGAGUAGAACUUAACAUGGAUACCAAUUAAUAAUGAAAGUACAUCUUUAGAAGAAAAAUAUCAAGCUAAUCUUCCUGAUUGCUCAAAUGUAAACAACUUAAUUAAUUGAAGUUAGAAAUUACAUUAGAUAUGAAAUGCUAAUUCUAUGAUUUUUAGUCAUUCGUAGUUAAAGUCAAGCCAAUGAUAGAAAAUUUUAAAAAGAUGUGUAACAAUUAUGUGACUGCUAAGACGAAUUUCAAUACGGAAAAACUCAUUUUUGUGAAUUAUGUACUUCCAGAGUUCGAGAAGAAUUUAUUGUUUAAGAGUGAUAAAAAGUUUUUCGAAAAAAUAAAGCCUUUAGAUUUGAUGAAGAAUUAAAGAUAUGAUUAGGUUCGUAAGUUUUAGAGUGAUCAAAUUUUGAUUGAUUUAUCUAUAUUGGAGAGUGAUAUUGAAGUAUUAAAUAAUAGAUAAACAUUAGUCUCAUUUGAUUUAAUUUGAAUAGAUACGAAAGUGGGAAGAUAAGAUACUAAAAUAUGAAGACAAAAUAAGAUAAUGUCAAUUAGAUUUAUAAUAAACGAUAAACAAUUAGAGAAAUGCAGUAGCUAAGCUAUUUUUUGGAUCUAAGGACAAAGAAAUAUUAAGAUUGUAGAAUUAGAUUGAACAAGUAAAUCUUGAAAUAUUUUUAUUUUUAGUAUUCUAAAACAAUAUAGGAAUUAAAGGGAUUAAUAAAUAUAACAAUGGGACAGGUUUGUCUAUUUGAAAUUCCUGAUUUCAUAAAGGAAAAGGAGCAAAAUCUUUUUAAAUUAAUAAAACUCAUAGGAUAAUUGGAAAUGGAAUAAGUUGGUAUAAUAGGAGAAUAUUGGCAGAACAUUCUGGAGUCUCGUUUAAUAUCUCAAAUUGAAUAGUAACAGGUUUAUGACNCUCGAAAUGAAAAAUUAAAAGAACAUCUUUUAUAAGAAUUCAAUCGUCAAUCAAUUAACAAUAUUUCAUAACUCAAUUUACAAAAGUAGUUUGUAUCUAAUAGUUUCAUUUAUUAUACAAUACUAAAUAUUAUAAACAAAUGUCAAUAUAAAUAUUAUGUAAUAAUAAUCACCUCCAAAAAUAAUUUUAAUAGCCAUCAGCACGGAAAUGCUUGGGCGUUAUGCUUCUUACAAAAUUCAAGUCGAUCAAAAUAUAGUUUGUAGAAGGUUCACUGAUUUUGUUCACUUUUAUGAGGCAUUACGUGCUAAUUACCCUGGAGUAUUUGUGCCAAGACUCCCUGAAAAACAAGCUAUGGUAACAGUGUAUUUAGGAUCAUAGGGUAAUCUUGGAGAAGAUUUCCUUAGAGUCAGAAGAAGAAUGCUUCAAUAUUUUCUGAUUUCAAUAUUCAAAAGGAAGAUCUUAUGGAAUUCGCCAGAAACAAAAUAAUUUUUCAAUGAGUAGAACUUAACAUGGAUACCAAUUAAUAAUGAAAGUACAUCUUUAGAAGAAAAAUAUCAAGCUAAUCUUCCUGAUUGCUCAAAUGUAAACAACUUAAUUAAUUGAAGUUAGAAAUUACAUUAGAUAUGAAAUGCUAAUUCUAUGAUUUUUAGUCAUUCGUAGUUAAAGUCAAGCCAAUGAUAGAAAAUUUUAAAAAGAUGUGUAACAAUUAUGUGACUGCUAAGACGAAUUUCAAUACGGAAAAACUCAUUUUUGUGAAUUAUGUACUUCCAGAGUUCGAGAAGAAUUUAUUGUUUAAGAGUGAUAAAAAGUUUUUCGAAAAAAUAAAGCCUUUAGAUUUGAUGAAGAAUUAAAGAUAUGAUUAGGUUCGUAAGUUUUAGAGUGAUCAAAUUUUGAUUGAUUUAUCUAUAUUGGAGAGUGAUAUUGAAGUAUUAAAUAAUAGAUAAACAUUAGUCUCAUUUGAUUUAAUUUGAAUAGAUACGAAAGUGGGAAGAUAAGAUACUAAAAUAUGAAGACAAAAUAAGAUAAUGUCAAUUAGAUUUAUAAUAAACGAUAAACAAUUAGAGAAAUGCAGUAGCUAAGCUAUUUUUUGGAUCUAAGGACAAAGAAAUAUUAAGAUUGUAGAAUUAGAUUGAACAAGUAAAUCUUGAAAUAUUUUUAUUUUUAGUAUUCUAAAACAAUAUAGGAAUUAAAGGGAUUAAUAAAUAUAACAAUGGGACAGGUUUGUCUAUUUGAAAUUCCUGAUUUCAUAAAGGAAAAGGAGCAAAAUCUUUUUAAAUUAAUAAAACUCAUAGGAUAAUUGGAAAUGGAAUAAGUUGGUAUAAUAGGAGAAUAUUGGCAGAACAUUCUGGAGUCUCGUUUAAUAUCUCAAAUUGAAUAGUAACAGGUUUAUGACUCAGUUAUUAUAAUUGAUUAGAAAUAAUAGGAUUUAGGUUAAUAACUAAAGGUCGAAGAGAAGAGUGAGAAUUAAGAAAACAAGGAAAAUAAGAGCAUGGUAAUAUCAUAAGAAUAGGAAUAAAAGAGUGAAUAAAAUUGA